CCCCCUCGUUUCCGUGACGAUCUCAUUUUUUAAAUGCCUAAAUAUUUUAUAUGUAUAUAUGUAGGAAUCAAAUAGCAUUACCCAUUUUCCCAUUUUGCUUAUAAUAAAAUUUUAUUUUCCUACUUUCCAUUUUUUUUUGUGUGUUUUUUAUUUUUAUAUUUUAAUUAUUAUUAUUAUUAAAAAAUUAUUGUACACUCCCUGUCUCUUCACCUGUGUAAUUCAAAAACGAGCUCCAGCAAUGGCGGAACAUGUGAAGCAAACAAACAAAGAGCUCUUAAGGCUUUCGCUUUCCUACUCUCUGGACACUAUCGGCAACUCCAACCGUCGACUCACUGCAAACGACGAAACCAAUGAUUGUGGCAACGAAUUCGUCUUCAACAUUGACCCCAGCUUGCUUAUUGACCCUCACAGCGUCAAGAUAGGCCGUUUGAUUGGUGAAGGCCCUCACUCCAUCGUCUAUGAAGGAUUGUACAAAUCCAAGCCCGUUGCUGUUAAGAUUAUACAACCAAUGAGAUCAUCAGCUGUAAGUGUGGAACGCAAAAAAAGAUUUCAGAGGGAGGUUACACUGCAAUCAAAGAUGCAACAUGAAAACAUUGUCAAGCUUAUCGGUGCCUCAGUGGAGCCGACUAUGGUAAUAGUUACCGAACUCAUGAAAGGCGGUACACUGCAAAAGUACUUGUGGAGCAUCCGGCCAAGGCCUCUAGAUCCAAAGCUUUCAAUAAAUUUUGCACUGGAUGUCUCUAGAGUUAUGGAAUUUUUGCAUGCAAAUGGCAUCAUCCACCGUGACCUGAAGCCAAGCAACCUACUUCUUACAGAAGACAUGAAACAGAUUAAGCUUGCUGACUUCGGGUUAGCUAGAGAGGAGAUCUCGGGUGAAAUGACUAGUGAAGCAGGAACUUAUCGGUGGAUGGCUCCCGAGUUAUUUAGCCUGGACCCACUUCCUAGUGGAGGAAAGUUACAAUAUGAUCACAAAGUGGAUGUGUACAGCUUCUCAAUCGUUCUUUGGGAGCUGCUCACAAACACAACUCCAUUCAAGGGAAGGAAUAGCGUGAUGGUUGCAUAUGCUACUGCCAAAAAAAUAAGACCAUGUCUGGAGAACAUUCCCAAGGAUUUAGUCCCUCUCCUGCAGUCCUGUUGGGGAGAAGACCCGAAAAGCCGGCCAGAGUUUAUGGAAAUCACAGUCUCCCUCUCCAACUACCAGAAUUCACUCUCAAUAGAUAUUAAAGCUACCGAGAUUGUCGAGACUGAACAUCCCAAAAGCAACACAAUUACGAAGGAAGACCCUGCAGGAACCAGUAUCAAUCCUCAGUCCAAAAAUGCUGUUGUAAAGGUUAAGAGACGUAGGAAAUCUUCACCCAGUUUCCUCCGUUGCUUUGAUUAUUGCUCUGCUCAUUGACCAAUCAUCAACGGUGAUUGCUUUUUAAGUUACACAUUCGUUCAAAAAGCCGAUGGAUUCUCUCAGCUUAAACUUUCAUUCCCUUACAGAUACAGAUAUUGUACAGAACUCAGGUUUACAAUAUAUAUAUAUAUAUAAAUAUAUUAAUAUGAAAAGAGAAAUAAAAUAUACAGAGUUCUUUUUUA